AUUAAGCACCUAGGUAUGCAGACUACUUCUACAAACAUUUGUGAAAUAACAGGUUACUGUCAGGAGCUCAGUGAAUUCAAGCGUGGUACCGUGAUAGGUUGUCACCUAUGCAAUAAGUCUAUCUGUGAAAUUUCCUUGCUACUAAAUAUUCCACAGUCAACUGUUAGUGGUAUUAUAACAACGUGGAAGCAGCUGGGAACAACAGCAACUCAGCCACAAAGUAGUAGGCCACGUAAAAUGACAGAGUGGGGUUAGUGCAUGCUGAAGCGCACAGUGCGCAGAAGUCGCCAACUGUCUGCAGAGCUAAAAACCUUCAAAUUUCAUGUGGUCUUCAGAUUUGCACAAUAACAGUAGUAGUAGUGUAGAGAGCUUCAUGAAAUGGGUUUCCAUGGCCAAGCAGCUGCAUCCAAGCCUUACAUCACCAAGUGCAAUGCAAAGCAUCGAAUGUAGUGGUGUAAAGUACUCUAGAGCAGUGGAGACGAGAACGGCACUUGCCAGACUGCAUUGUGCCAAGUGUAAAGUUU